UCACUGAAUCGUAUAGUGGCAAGGCUGUGCUGGGGGUCAUUGUCACUACCAUUAAGAAUGUAACUCUGCAGCUCCUUAGUGGCGAGGAGAGAUCUGCAACAAGACCAAUUAAAAAAGAGGAGGAAAUGGAGGAAGAGGAGGAAAAAAGUGAGAAUGUGAAACAAAAGGCAGAGAAACCUCAUCAGAAUGUGCAUGUGAAUGGAGAGAGGGAGGUCCGAAAGGACGAGAAGGAGGAAGAACAUGUGGCUGAUUUGGAUUCUCAUCAAGUCAGCGACACUUUGGUGGGUCAGGAAGAAGCAGCAGAGAAGGAGACGGAGACAGGAUCUGAGGCAAAGAGAACAAGCCAGCAAGAGCAUUCAGAAAGCACCAAUAUCCAUGCAGUUGCAACAACUGAAAUUGAAUCGCAAGACACAGUAGUAGUGGCAGCAAUAGCAGCACCACAGUGUGAGGUUUCACAGGAAGAAGGGCAGCAGGCUGCUCCUGAAAGCUCUGCAGAAGAAAAAGAUGUCAUCAAGUCUUUAAAUCUGGAUGAACGUUUACCACCUGAGGACGGACAAGAAACUGUGUCAGAAAGAAAUGCUGCAGUGACCAGUGAGGUAGAUGUGGAGAGCAUGGAGGAGAAUGGAGAGCAUGAAGAAGAAAUAAAUGCUGCUUCCCAGAAAGCCUUUGGACCCCCAUCCAACCCACCUCCACCACCGAGUGCACUUCAGAACAGCUCAGGAGAUGACACAAGUCUGACUGGGAGAAUUAGUGAGGAAAAUGGAGAAGAGCCAUUUUUCCAGAACACAACCUCUGCCAACCCCCCUCCAGCACCCAGUGAGGAGGAAGAAGAGGAGGAGAUGAGCCUGAAGGGCCGUCCACCACCUGCUCCUCUAUUUGGUGAUGAUGACGAUGAUGAUGAUCUGGACUGGUUGAACUGAAAUGAAACCAGAACACUAUGAGUCGCUGUCUUUUAAUUUUCAACGCUACAAACAGGUGUAAGAUGUACCAGCUGCCUUUAUAUGGUAGAGCUGUGAAGAUAAAAGAGAAGCCUCAGCUGAUGGACUGGACAGAGGAGUCAGACACCCUGGCUCUGCAGCUCUGUGUUGUACUGGUCACUGACCAGCAGCUGCAGACACCAUCCCAGAAAGCAAAGACCCUGAUUUAUCUUGAAAGCCUGUAAUUAGAGGCAUAUAAUGAAAUACUUUUCUUUACUUAUCUAGUAGCAGUUGUUGAUGCAGUUCAGUCUCAGAUUUUAAUAUGAUCAGUGUAGCACAUUAACUUGCAGGAAUAAAUGAUUUCAGACCGUAUUCUCACAAAGUUUUUAAUAAUUAGUGCACGGCUUUGAAUAUAGAACUUUUACAUAGUUUUGUUAACCUGAUAUUAAUUUCAGAAAAUAAAUGAUAAGAAAAAUGUGGCCUUUAAUGGCUCUCCUGGUGUGUUGUGUGUGCUAAGCAAGUUUUAGUGUAUUAUUUUCAGUCUCAGAUUGGAUAUUUCAGGAACGUAAUACUUAAGUGAAUAUCACCCUUUUAAUUACCCCAAAAGGUUAAUGAUCAGUUGCUAGUUAAAACACAUGGUAUGAUUAUCUCUUUGGUGGGAUGUCUGCCAAUGACCAGUAGGAGGACUUCUAGACCCAAGGAAAGCUAUAUUGUUGCCAUGUAACUGAAGCACCAACAAUGAGCGGACUGCAGAAUGGACCCUCAGUAUUUAUGGCAAUUCAUCUGAAGUCAGAUGAAUUCAGUUCAAACGUCAGAAAAGAAACCUGACAUCAGACUGAACAGUUAUGAAACAUACUCAAAAACCUGAGUAGAUACAUCUAAAAACAUGUAGUACUGAUUAGAAAUAGAAAAUGGUGUGGUCCACUACAGCUUCUGACCGCUAUCAAACAUUAAUUGUCGACCGGAAUUUUAAAAAAAAAGUUUCAAAGUAGUUACUUCCAGUGCGGUAUAAUUU